AUGCAGGGCGAUCUGCUUCCAGGCUGUGAACCGGCUGGUAUCAUUCCCCAUACUGUGCGCUGCAUUUUUGACGCUCUGGGGGCCAGUGGGGAAGAGUUUAGUGUCCGAGUAUCGUUUCUGCAGCUCUACAAUGAAGAACUGAAAGAUUUAUUAGACCCUGACGCAGACAAGAAGCUGCGGCUGAUGGAAGAUGCUAAGAAAGGAGGAUUCCAUUGCGUGAAUUUGCUGGAACUCACGGCAACGACAGCGAAACAUGCGUGUGAACUAGUCAAUUCUGGCGUCAAGAACCGAGUUACGUCCGAGACUUUGAUGAACGAAAAUUCGAGUCGAUCGCAUAGCGUAUUCACGAUUCGGAUCCAUAGCAAAGAGCACAACGCGGCUGGUGAAGAAUUGCUAUUGCGGGUCAGGCAGCUCAAUCGGAUGGAUCUUGCUGGAUCCGAGUGUGUAGGUCGAUCGGGAGCACGCAAUGCCAGAGCGCGCGAGGCAGGGACGAUCAAUCAGAGUCUGCUCACGUUAGAUAGCCUUGACGAGACGCUUAGCACGCUGGAGUGUGCGUUCCGUGCAAAGUAUAUCGAGAACAAGCCUGAACUGAAUCAAAAGAUGACCAAAUCGGGGUUGUUGAAUGAUUUUGAAAGCGAGAUUGAGACACUUCUGGAAGGUGCCGAAAAGAAUGCGAGUGAAGUGGCAGCUCUGGUGUAUGCAAAACAGGAGGUGGGUGAGAAACUGGCGGCAACACAAGUCCAGCUAAGUGAAACAAAGCAAACGCUGGCGAAAGUAUCAAACGAGCUGCAGCGAGUACAAGUUGUGCUCAAAGCCUUCCAAGAUAAUGAGCACAUGCUACUUGCAAACGGACUCACCGCUGCUAAGCUGUACGAUGCUCGGCAAAAGCAGACUGUCCAGCUUUUGACAAAGAUCGAGAGUACACAGCGUAACGACGAGACCAACACGGAACUGGCAACGUCGUAUCGUAGUGCCUCGCAGUUCCAGAUCAACAGCUUCUUGAAACGACUAGCGACACACAAGGAGAGUCAGGAAAAAAUGUUUACUGACGUCUUAAGCGCUUUGCGCGAGCUACAGACGACUCAAUCAUCGGACUUGCAUAGACUUGUCACAAAUUUGAGGGCUGUGGAAGGCGUCGUAGAAGCGAACAGGUUGCAGGCAACUCAAUCACUCGCUGAAGAUGACGCUCAAAAGUCAGCACAACGUGAGGAAGUGGCGAAUUCGAUGAAGGAGCAGCAACAAACGAUGCAGGAGCAGCUCAAGAAGCUUGUUGAGAUGUACAAGUACCACGCGGCAGGUAUCAUAUGA